GUUGAUUGAGAGUUACCUCCUGAUACAAGAUGUCUUCAGCGGUCCCCACGACUGUCAUUCUGGUACUUCUGAAUCUCGUCAUUUCCGGUGUGAUGACCGCGACGCUUCCCGUCGUCUCCAGACCACGAGUUGUACGGGACGCUGACGUGCAGGCUUGGCCUGAAAGAUUACCUCUGAACUGGGAGAGUGUCGUGUGGUCCCUGGUGGAAGAACUAUCCAGAGAUCCUUCAUUCACUGCACGACUGUUGGACACUGGUAAGUGUUGAUUUCAAUCAAACGGGAUUUGUGACAGCGGUAAUAGGGUUUCGCCUUCCGUUUUGUGACAGGCAGUGUCGUUGGGGAGAGGGGGCGGGGGGGGGCGCGCAGAGAGUGUCCGCCCCAGACGGUUUCUCUUUAUAUCAGUAGCGGACAUUUCGGGAAAGGAGAGCGGCAAAAAAAAAGCCUCCCCCUCGCCCCCCCCCCCCCCGGGCUGCGAUUACACCAGCAACGCCAAGGGUAAGGUCGUCAGUGCCUGCGAGUAAGAAUGUUGCGACCCGCUGUUGUAACGCAAUGACAUCGGGCGUAAGUCCUGUGGUAUAGCAAGGAACCUGUCAUGGGGAAACGGCUUGUCAUGCAGCAGUGUGUCUUGGAAUAGUGGUGAUUCCACUUCUCGUUCGUGGCGUAGCUUGGUUGCUUCAUCUGCCGUCUGACGUAUACUUUUACCACACACAUUCCAUUCUGGUGCCGUCCAGGGUUUGAUGGUGAUGACCCUCUUGCAUUCUGUAGUUCACGGCCAAUCACUUGUUCGCCUCCAGCCGGCCUGUCGCUCAUAACCGGUGCAAGUGAGGGCCGCCAACCCACCCUUCAAAUCAGCGGUGUCGGGGGAAGGAUGCCGCUGCGCCACCUCCAUGGUGUUAUUCCAGCACGCCAACCUGUUCCCCAAACAACGACGCACACUGGUUUAUAAGAUCACAUCAAUCUGGUUCAAUAAAUAUCUGGUUGUGCCGGCCAUGAGACAGAGACAGUGGACAGACUCUUCGCCUCCUUGGGUGCCUGAUAUCUGGUUGUCAUGGCCAUGAGACAGAGACAAUGGACAGAACUCUUCGCCACCUUGGGUGCCUGCUAUUUGGUUGUGCUGGCCAUGAGACAGGGACAAUGGACAGAACUCUUCUCCUCCUUGGGUGCCUGAUAUCUGGUUGUCAUGGCCAUGAGACAGGGACAAUGGACAGAACUCUUCGCCUCCUUGGGAGCCUGAUAUCUGGUUGUGCUGGCCAUGAGACAGAGACAAUGGACAGAAAUCUUAUCCUCGUGUGGGGGGGGGGCGCUAUUUAUUUAUCUGGUUGUGCUGACCAUGAGAAAGAGACAAUCGAUAGAUUGGAAUUUUUUGUUUCGAUUAAGGCAGUGGUCAUUUCCACAGGGUCUCACUGGACCACUGCAGGCGACAUCAAGACUAUCGAAAUUGUCUAAUGUAGCUUUGACCGAUUUACUCGAGUCAACCACGUUUCAAUCGACAAGUAAAAUAAUCCUUGUAAUAUUGCUUUUAAAAAUAAAUUUAAUACUUGUUUCCCUUUAAAUGUUAAGUUUGGUCUUCUAGGAAAUAAAAAAGAAUUAAAAAGAAAGACAAAUGAAUGCAUCGCCUUCAAAUAAAUUGAAAUAAAAGUACAGUAUAUGUUUGAUAAGAAAUGGAAAGAAAUGUCGAAAUAUUUCAUUUUGAAUGUUCUAAUUUGAUCAGUAAAUACUUUAGAUAUUUUUAUUUCGCAAAGUUUAAGGGCGGAGGGGGGGGGGGGGGGGGGGGGGGGGGGGGGGGGAGCGAUUUAUACGGAACAUGGGUUUGAACAUUGGCGGAAUGUUGGUGGAAUAUUUGACAAAUAUUGUCGGAAUAGGGGCGGAAUAGUUGAAGGAAUAAGGAGGGAAUAUGAGCGGAAUAUUUUAGUACUGUUUGCUUAUCUUUGCAAUCCAUUUUGGCGUAAUGGGAUAUACGUUUUAGAGAAUAUAGGUUAUAUAAUUUACUUAGCAUUGCCCACCCUUAUUGGUUUAAUGAGAUAAAAAGUAUUGUAUAUACGUAUUUGGGAUAUAAGUAUUGGUAUAUAAAUACUGGAUAUACGUAUUUGGAUAUAAUGAUUGGGAUAUAAGUAUUGGAUAUACGUAUCUGGAAUAUAAGUAUUGGGAUGUAAGUAUUGGGUAUAGGUAUUGGGGUAUAAGUAUUAAUAUAUAAGUAUUGGAUAUACGUAUAGGGAUAUCAGUAUUGUCAUAUAAGUAUUAAAUAUUAUAGGUUGCUUAAACAUCCAGAGAUUCUUGAAAUGCUUAUAUUUUGUGUUUUCAUUACAACCCCUCAGGUCACCAGGAUGAGUUGAUGACAAAAAGAAAACGGUAUCAAUCGGGUACUGCUUUUGAUGUUCUUGUUCAAGCCCACAAACCUCCAAAAGAUUGUAUCCUCGUUAACAUUUUAAAAACAUUAGCUUUCCAUUUAGACGUUUCAAACUUAGUUUUCUUAUUUAUUAAAAAUGUAAAAG